ACCGUCUGCGCCGUGCCGAGACAGCGUCCAAGUCUCCCGCCGGGGCUUCUGAAAUUUGGCUCCAUGCGGCCCUGCACCAAGGCCGUACCAAGAACAAGACGUCGGUGGCUUCCCUUACCGCCUGUCUCCGGAUCGAUGCUGUUCGUCGCCAGAUCGCCUGAUCGACCAGCUACCAGCUAGCUCCCAAGCCCGCCGAGCCCGCUACCGCUCAUCCAAUGCGAGGAGCCGGACGCUUGUGGUCUCAGCCUCAGCCCAAGGCUGCUAGGCUCAUGCAUGCUCGCUCCUCAACCUCCUGCUUGGCCUCCCCCACCUUCUACUUCCCAUCCUCUUUCUAUAUAGGCGAGUCCCGCGUUCCCAUCGCGCCCCCCCACCGUGCUUUUCCAGUUCAGGCGCUUCUCAAAAUGGUCAAAACACACAUCCUUGAUGUACCGAAUAACACACAUCCGACAUGGUACAAGGACAAGGGACUGCGCAAGAACGUCUACCACUGCAUGGGACUGUGUCUUUGCGUCUUUUAUCUAGGCUAUGAUCAGAGCCUGCUCGCGUGUCUCCAAUCCAUUCCACAGUGGGACGAGUACUUUGACAACCCAACAGGCACGACGCUCGGCCUCAUCUCAUCGGCGCUCUACUUCCCUGGCAUUCCCGCCGCGUUCGUCGGCUCAUGGAUUAGCAUGAGGUUUGGGCGCAAGCCCGCGGUGUGGACGGGCUCGGUGCUCAUUAUCAUUGGCGCCAUCGUCAACGCACUCUCGCGCAACCAAGGAGAGUUCGCGGGCGGCCGUGUCAUUCUGGGCGCCGGCGGCGCCAUCACUAAAGUGGUGGCUCCAGCACUGCUCCAGGAGAUCGCGCACCCCCGCCUCCGCCCCGUCCUUGCCUCGAGCUAUUAUGGCUGGUUUUUCCUCGGUGCUAUCGUCGCGGGUUACCUCUGUCUCGCGGGCCUCUACAUCCCUGGCACUUGGAGCUGGCGCCUGUCGUGCAUCGCGCAGAUUGCGGCGCCAAUCGGCGUGCUCCUCAUCUCACUGUCGAUGCCCGAGUCGCCCCGCUUCCUGGCCAACAAGGGCAAGUACGACGAGGCACUGGCCGUCUUGGCCAAGUAUCACGCGAACGGCAAGGAGGACGACCCGCUCGUGCAGCUCGAGUACAAUGAGAUGGUGCUUGCGCUCGAGGCCGAGGGCGGGGAGAACAAGUCUGGCUUCCGCGACUUUUUGCGCACAAAGGGCAACCGCCGCCGCCUGAUGAUGAGCCUCGUCAUGGCUUCAGGCACUAACUGGAACGGCUCGGGUCUCGUUGGCUACUACCUCACGCCGAUCCUCGAGUCUGUCGGUAUCUCGGACCCAAUCAAGACGAUCAACUUGAAUAAUGGCAUGAACAUGUGGAACCUCGUCGUGUCCGAGGUCGCCGCGCUCUACGUCGAGUCCGUCAGUCGCCGCACCAUUUUCUUCAUCUCGGGAUGGGGUAUGGUCAUCACCAUGGCGCUCGUUGGUGGCUUCUCGGCCGGAUACGAGGAGAAGGGUAAUGUCAACCUCGGCAUUGCCUCCAUCCCCAUGCUCUUCCUCUACUACGGCUUGUACGACAUUGCGUGGAUGUCCAUUCCAUUCCACUACUGCACCGAAAUUCAGCCCUUCCAUCUGCGUACCAAGGGUCUCGCCCUUUUCGUGGCAAUGCAGACGGGCUCCAACGCUUUCAACCAAUUCGUCAAUCCCAUUGCGUUCGAGAAGAUUACAUGGAAGUACUACUUUGUAUACGUGGCGAUCAACCUCGCGUACAUGGCCUACUUUUACUUCUACCUCAUCGACUCGCGGAAUCUCUCGCUUGAGGAGAUCACGUUGCUCUUCGACUACCCCGUCAAGGAGGCGCGAGAGCGCGCCGCUGAGGAGAUGGAGAGCCAUGUGCGCGCCGGGCUCCUCCGCCGCGGGUCGACGGCGGCUGCCAUCAACGCGCUGUACCGCGGUGAGAGCAACGCAGCGUCUGUGUCGUCGCUCCGCCUGGACAACCGGAAUAGUGUAGGAGAGAAAGCGUAGCGCCUGUUCCGGCUCUAUAGUUGUGUCUUCAUGUAAGCUCUGAUUGCUCUG